AUGGAUUGCCUCACCUCUGUUGGCGAGGCUAUUCGGAUCGUCAGGCUACUUAUUCAGCACUUCAAAGACAUAAGCCCCGAGACGAACUCAAAUAGGCUCUUUCUCAUCAACAAGAUGAAGCGUGACAAGGUGCAACCUUAUCCCAACUUUUGCUCCUCCUCUAUCUACCCCUCUAUUACUAACCCUAACUUUGUAGCAGAACUACUACAUUAUUGUCGUGCUGCAUUCGCUGUUUACGGCUCUUAUGAGUCAAGGUACACCCUGAACCACGAUCCCUUUAAGCUUCCUACUCUGAACGCCAGCCGAAUCAGAAAGCAGGCAUCUCGCUACUACAAGCACCGGAACCGCAGGUUCGGCCCCACACUCAAUGGAAAGUGCGCAAAGAAUACAUUUGAAUUGAAUACAUUUUCUGCAGCAAUGGGUGUUUCGCCUCUCGACACCCUCUAUUUCACUACUAAAGCACGUUAUUUCAUGCCAUGUGCAGCCAUAUAUUUGGACCAUCGGCGGUAUGAGAUAGUUGUGGCGAUUAGAGGCAGCUAUUCGCUGGCGGACAUGGUAACUGAUAUUUUUUGUUUAAGUACCGAGUACACAGCCCCGCCAGAGAAGUUUGAGCUUUUGGUCAAGGCAUCUUCUCGCGAUAAAUUUGUUACCAACAUAGACACAGAAACGGCCGUCCAACAGCGAACAAACGUUGAGGGAAUAUUAAGCCUUCAACCCCGAACGUACGUACAGUCCCAGAUGCUGAAAAAAACGAAAAGGGCGACAAAGACACGUGCCUCCAAAACAUCUCAUAUGAAGUCGGGAAAGGACAAGGCUUUUCAUAACCCACCUCUACACAGUCCAAUCAUAGAUAAUAUGACUCUAUACACACCUGGUAUGACAGAAGAGAAGAAGAACCGAUAUCAAAUGCUUCGGAGGAAGCUGAAAUCGAAAGAUUUGCUUAUCAAGCCCAUUACCGAGUUUACAAAGUACUACGGGCAUGCAGGAAUCUACGCUGCAGCAGCAUACAUCUACCAUGACACGUACAAGAUACUACGAGAUACGUUGGAAAAAUACCCUAACUAUUAUCUUACAUUAACGGGGCACUCGCUGGGCGGUUCUGUUUCCAUGUUGAUGGGGUGGUUUUGGUCCUAUCACAUCCCAUAUCAACGUAUAAAGGUAAUAGGGUUUUGUUCGCCGCCAUGUGGUAGUAAGUCCCUCUGCGACCUUCUAUCUAGCUAUGGCUUCAUCAAUAUCUGCAUGCAAAGCGACUUCGGGCCCAGAAUUAGCACCAAAGGCUUUCUUUUCGCAUUCAGGAGGCUCGGACUACUUUCGGAGAUAUCGAAGAGACGGCAUUUGCGCAAAGAAUUUGCAGAUGCACGGCACCAAAAGAAGAAAAAGAAAGCUUCGUCCGCAUCCUUGUCAAACAUCAGCCUUGCAGUACCAACGAGCAGACACGUCACAUGCGGCGUUGUUUCUGGACUUGAUCAACCGCCUAUACUGAUCACUGACAGUGACAAUGAUGGUUCGUCUAAGUGUGCUGCCCCAGGUUCUUCCGCUACAGAGUCUGCAACACCCACCCCGGUCCAUGUAAAAGGCUCCCGCACAGAUCGCAAUACAGAGAAACUUCCACGUAACAUUCUAUCUACAGGCGAUUAUUUGUCCAUUGGAGCCGUCGAACAUAACCCUUCUGAUGCUAUACUGUCUCGAUCUUCUUACAAGGCAUAUGACCCCAAGGUUCCAGUAUCGCCUACACCAAACCCACUAUCUGCAGAUAUCUCCGAAUACUGCCCAGUCAGAGACAGCCAUUCCUUGCGCACUGGUGCCGAUUUCAUUGAGAAGGCCCCGACAGAGCUUAUAGAAGCUGUUUCAGAGCGAUUAAUCGAAUGUAAUUUAGUUAAGCUAGAUGACUCAUCAAGCACAGAAGAAUUCUCGCGAAUUACCGAUAUCUUUACCAGUUUCUCCGAAAGCAGCACGGCAACGCCAUCAUCGGAGCCAUCUGUACUACCGAACAAUGAAUUCAUCACCGAAUCGGAACUGGGAGUCUGGGUCCCAGGUUCGGAGUUGGCCACUAGCUUUGCUGUUACCAACUUUUCCGUAACGGAGUCAACAGAUGUUGCUUCUCCGGAGAUCAGAGAUGAGAGUACUGAUGCAGUGCAGAAGCUCAAGAAGAUAUUUGCUGGAGAACUGAAGAAACUGAAGGAGAUGAGUGACAAGGAACUUAAGCAGGAGUAUACGGCGUUCACUAUGGACUACGCUUGUCCAGACGAAGAUAUUAAUACAUAUGUCCCCGGCAUUCAGUACGUGAUCUCAUUCAAUUAUGGAAAUAAGAUAUCUACACUGAAAGAUCUCGUAAAGCGCCAAAAGGAACUUGGCGUUGAGAAUUAUUCUGUUCUUCGGAUCUUUUCUGCGCCUCCGGAAGUAUUCAACGAACUCAUUUUCGACUCUGAGAUGUUUGAUCAUCACUUACUCAUUUAUCAAUGGAUCCUUCUGCUUUAUUAUAAUCUAUUGGAUGUCUACCUGCCAAUACCAUUGGGCUACACUACUGGCGGGCCUGUGAAAAAGUACCCGAUCAUCUACCGUUCAGAGGACGGUCUGUCGCACAAGAAGUGUUCCUAA